CUUAAUUACUUAACUAGUUUAAGUUCAGUUUUAUGAUUAAUUUUUAGAUUACUGAAGCAAAAGACAGAAUAUUUGAGUCACUUAGAAAGGGCAAGACAGAUGUUUCCGAUAUAGUACUCGAGGGAGCAACUUUGUAUUUCCUCUCAUACGAUAAUGAUACAAUGGGAGCUUAUUUGUUAACUUUGGGAGAAAAUUAUCCAAGACGUUUCGCCAACGCCAUAUUAAACGAUUUAAUUAAGCUAGUAUUAUCAAGUGGUUAUGAAAAUGACUCACCUGUACUAGGUUUGCAAUCUACGUUACAAGAAAAACUAAAAGAUAUUUUCUAUAAAUACGACUCAGUUGUUGAAAAAGAUCACGUCACCUUGAUCAAGGUAAAAGCUGAACACGCCAAGAAUCACAUAAAGGAGAGUAUGUUUCAUGUUUUAGAAAGUACCGCAAACGUUGAAUUACUGAGGGAUACCUCUGAGGUUCUUAAGGGGAAAGCAAUUGAAGCAUUUGAAGCCUCAAAAAACGCCUCUAAAGUUUAUGCAAGACCAAGGAACAUAGUUAUAAUCGUUUCAGUCGUUUUAGGAAUUGCAGCUAUAGUUGCUAUAGCUCUCAUAAUAUACUUUUGCACCAAGAAAUCAUAAUUUAUUGCACAAAA